GAUAGUCCAAUCACAAUCACAGCAGAGCAUUCUCAGAUGUAGUCGGCUGAAACACUACAUCGCUGCUCCAACCCCAAUCCAGUGGCAUCUUCGCCAAUCAUAUUCCGAAAGCACAGAAAGAAGCGAAUAUUCGAAUUUAGGGCUCAAAUUAUUCACAUUUCCUACCGUUUAAUUUCCACCAGAGAACUCAAGCAAACUCGAUCUCUCUCGCGAGACCGUUUGGUUCUUAAUUCUUUGCUUAGGAUCUCAGGGAACAUAUUACACCAUCCAUAUUGAAGUCAUUGCUUCAUUUGAUACACAGAACAUGAAGUAUUUGGAAUACACUCCCCUUGACCGAAUAAAUGAUUUCUUGAGUCAUGUGAAUCUUGGAGAGCGUACUAUCAAAGGAUGCCUUGAAGCUUACUCUUGCAAACAUACAGGAACUGACAAGAAGUUAUCUCUCAGUUUGGAGCACGAGAUUCUUGAUUAUCUCGGAAAGUCUUCAGACAAUGACUCUCCAUCGCCAGUUGAAUAUUUGUGUAGCAGAUCAAGCCGAAAGACGUUGAUUUACCUGAUUCUUACUCUCUAUCAAAUGUAUCCAGAUUAUGACUUCAGUGCAGUGAAAGCUCAUCAGUUUUUCAUGGAGGAAAACUGGGACAGUUUUAAGCAGAUUUUUGAUGCCUACAUGUUUGAAGCAUCAAAGGAGUGGGUUGAGGCAAAUGAGGGAAGUCCCCUACUUGACACCUUGUACAAGGCUCUUGAUGAGGUUGUGAAGCUAGCGGAAUGUGAAAUUUACAGUUACGAUCCAGAAUCUGAUGCAGACCCAUUCCUAGAAAGAGGAGCAAUAUGGUCGUUCACUUUCUUUUUCUAUAAUAGAAAACUUAAACGUGUUGUGAGCUUCCGUUUCAGCUGUUUGAGCAAUUUGGUGGCAGAUGGGUUUGUAACGGAGGGAUUAUGUAACGAGGAAGAUGGGGAAAUAUUUGACGACAUGGACCUGUGAGUACAGAUACUGUCUAUACGAUGUUAAUAUAUCAUCGAGACCCGUCAAAUCCAGAUGUAGUUAUCUAACUAAGGAUUGAUUUGGAAGGCCUGUGUAUAUCAUCAGUGUAUGAUUGCAACGCCUUGUAGUUAGGAAAGUUAGGUUGCAAAUGCUUGUUGCUUCUUGACCUGGUAGGUAUGCGGUUUGGGGUAAUGUAGAAUUGAUACAAUUCAGGCUUGUCAAUAAAUUUAGGGCUAUUUGAGGAUACAAUUCGAGUAUUCAUCCGUUCCAUCUCUAGAUUUUUGUUUUUUUAAACUCUCUCUCUCUCUCUCUAUAUAUAUAUUCUGAAUCUGCUUUUGUUGCUGUAAAA